AUGAACCGAGGCUUUAUCUUUUGGGUGCCUGUAACGGUUGUUGUUUCCUCCAUCGUUUUCGUUUAUUUUUCUACGUUGUUUGUUUUCAUUGAGAGGUGGUUCGGUCUACUGACCUCACCUGGUAUCAUGAACGUCGUCUCUUUCACUAGUUUCACCGUCAUGCGUGCGCUAAAUUACAUCUUUGCAAUCACCAUGGAUCCAGGUCGGGUGCCGUCUACUUUCUUGCCUUUUUGUUUUCCAACAUUGCCCGACUUUGAAGAUUCCAGUUUUGUUGUACAUGAGAUCCAACGCAAGGGAGGGGACUUGACAUAUUGCCCGAAGUGUUCGCAUUUCAAACCUCCCCGUGCACAUCAUUGUUUUGUUUGCAAGAUAUGCCUUUUGAGAAUGACAUGUGACCGCCACUUCAUUUGGAUAAAUAAUUGUGUUGGCCAUGCCAACUACAAGGUCUUCUUCAUCUUUCUUGUAUAUGCCGAAAUCGCUUGCAUCUAUUCUCUGGUUUUACUUGUGGGUAGUCUAACUAAUGAUUCCCAAAGCGAUGAGCGGCAGAGUACAGUCUCUUUCGGAAUCAUAUAUGUUGUAUUUGGACUGUUGCUACUUCCCCUGAGUCUGGCUUUAAGUGUUCUCUUGGGUUGGCAUACCUACCUUAUUUUGCAAAAUAAGACCACAAUUGAGGCAAUGAGGAUUCUCUUUGCUGAAUUUAUGCUUAUUUUUAAUCUGAUUCCCACUUAG